CUGAUCAGCACAGAAUCAGCCCAAGAUGUCUGGUCUCGAAAAGGCCUUGUUCAACCUCAAGUUUACGGCGAAGCAACUGAACAGACAAGCAGCGAAAGCCGGGAAAGACGAACAGUCUGAGAAGACCAGACUGGAAAAGGCUAUGAAACAAGGAAACAAUGAUAUUGCCCGGAUAUAUGCCCAGAACGCUAUUCGGAAACAAAACGAGAAGUUGAAUCUGCUACGCCUAGCAUCUCGAAUCGACGCAGUCAGCAGCAGAGUCCAGACAGCCGUGACAAUGCGCCAGGUGACCGGCAGCAUGGCAAAUGUUGUGAAGGGUAUGGACGUGGCUAUGAAGCAAAUGGAUCUCGAAAAGAUAUCGGCAGUCAUGGACAAGUUUGAGACACAGUUCGAGGACCUGGACGUCGCGACCGGAUACUACGAAAACGCUACAUCAUCGGCGACAGCAGUUGGGACACCGCAAGAAGAUGUCGAUAAACUCAUGGCACAGACUGCAGACAAGGCUGGGGUGGAGCUGCAUCAAGAACUAGAGGAGGCUACCCCAGCGAAGACCAAGAUUGGUCCUACCGAACAAGAAGAGGAUGGGCUGAACGAGAGGCUGCGAGCCCUCCGGAAUUAAGAGGGUUGGAAUACAAUGACUUGGGUGUUUAGGGAGUUUCCGGAUUAGGCCGAUCUCAAGAGGAGCACUCAUCAUAUCAGAUAUUAUACGACGAAACCAGCAUGCCCUCUGGUUUCAACAUUGCAUGCAUUCAUAGACAAAGCUGCUCUGCUGGUAUAUCUCAUCGAGUGUGACUGCUACGACUGCAACUUUUUGGAAUGUUGGAGAAGCUGUACUCAGUGCAGCACUGUAGUGGAGGAUACUAAAUCGAUAACGCUAAUAUAUCGAAAUAUGUCCGGGUGCCGGCCCAAACUCAUAUCGAAAGCUUAAUUAAGGUAGCCAAUUCAUAGUGCCUUCCGGAU